CAGAGCAGAGGUGGGCUGUCAGAGCUUGAUGUUGUCUCUGCAGCCACUUGGCCCCAGACGGGCCCUGUCGGAAGCUAGGGGGCGUCCGCACCUCCAGUUUCGGUUGGGGAAGAGCAAGCUCCACCCCUGGCAUCUGGGCCUGAGGGCCCCGAGCUGCUGCGGGACGGGGGCGCCAUGCUCGGCCCUUGGCGCCCGCUCCUCCUGCUGCUCCUGCUCCCGCUGCAUUGCGCGGGGGACGCCGAGGACCCGGGGGGCGCCGGGGUCCUGCGGGAUCAGUUGCGGGCAGCCGCCGCCCUCUGCCGGCGCUACUGGGCUUUGCUUGGCUGCCAAGUGGGGAGCAGGCCCUGUGAUGAAGACCAGACGCAGGGCUGGAGUCUUCCGUUGCUGGGCCAGCAGUACCUGGACAUCCUAAGCACUUGGUACUGCAGAUUCGGGGACUGCUGUGACACUGGGGACUGCAGGAUCUCCAAUGACCUCUCAGGUCUCGAGUCAGACCUGCAGGGACAGGUGCAUGGCCAGCCCCUGGCCCGGGAUCUGGUCCUGAGGUCAGUGAAGAGCUUCUUGGAGCUAGACCAGCCAGACAAGGCCCUGGGACUCUCCUUUCAUGGCGGCUCAGGCACAGGCAAGAACUUUGUGGCACGGAUAAUGGCGGACAAUCUCUUCCGGGAUGGGCUGAGGAGUGACUGUGUCCAGAUGUUCAUUGCCACACUCCACUUCCCCCACCCCAAAUACGUGGACCAGUACCAGGAGAGGCUGACAGAUCAGAUCCAGAAGACACAGGAUCGCUGCCCCCAAACUCUGUUCAUUUUCGAUGAGGCUGAGAAGCUACAUCCAGACCUGCUGGAGGUCCUCCAGCCACAGCUGAAGCGCCGGGUGCCGGAGACUCAGAGGACAAAGCCCUGGAGAACCUUCUAUCUUUUCCUCAGUAACCUUGGGGGCAGUGCCAUCAAUGAAGUGGUUCUGAACCUGCUUAAGGCUGGAAAGUCCCGGGAAGACAUCACAGCAGAUCAGCUGGAGCACCCCCUCAAGGCAGAGAUCAUGGAGUCGACAGAAAGCAGUUUCGGCCACAGCAGCAUUGUGAAGGAAAACCUGAUCGACUGCUUCGUCCCCUUCCUGCCACUGGAGUAUCAUCAUGUGAGGCUGUGUGCACGUGAUGUUUUCCUGAGCCAGGAGCUCCCCUAUACAGAAGCAGCACUGGAUGAAAUAGCUAAGAUGAUGGUAUAUGUCCCUAAAGAGGAAAAACUCUUCUCUUCUCAGGGAUGCAAAUCCAUUUCCCAGAGAAUCACCUAUUUCAUAGAAUCUUGAGAGCUAGACAGGCUGCCUUCUACAGCAGCCUGUAUGCGACAAGAGCACCACCAUCUAACAGUCACUAAUGUAAGUGGUGUGUAAUAGGAAGUCGGGGCCAAUUUUUAAAGUCAUGUAGUGCCUUACAGAGAGGGGACUGUAAUUAGAGAAAGCCACGAGGGAGAGAAAUCCAGGGCUUGCGAGAACCUCGUCUUCAGAUGCUAAAGGCCCGUUACUGACAGGGAAGAAUGAAGACCUGCUAACAGCUCAGCUUCUACCUGUGAGGAGGAAUUUUUUAGAGAAGAUUUGUGUCGGUAUAGGUUAAGACUUGCUCUGUAGAUUAAAGGAAUGUGGUAUGGGUGGCUGCAAUCAAACUUCACACAAGAACAUUUUUAAGUGAGGGCCUUGACUGUCAUAAAGAUUAAAAUGUUCUAUUUUUCUAA